CCAGCUACACUUACUCUGUGUUCUUCAGUGUUAUACUGAUAUUGACAGUGUCAAUCUCUGUACCAGCUACACUUAAAUUGUGUUAUUCAGUGUGAUACUGAUAUUGACAGGGUCAAACUCUGUACCAGCUACACUUACACUGUGUUCUUCAGUGUCAUACUGAUAUUGUCAGGGUCAAGCUCUGUACCAGCUACACUUACACUGUGUUCUUCAGUGUCAUACUGAUAUUGUCAGGGUCAAUCUCUAGCUGUAUACCAGCUACACUUACACUGUGUUUUUCAGUUUUAUACUGAUAUUGUCAGGGUUAAACUCUGUACCUGCUGCACUUACACCGUGAUCGUCAGUGUUAUCCUGAUAUUGACAGGGUCAAGACAGCAACGUACAUUAUUUUCGCGGCAUUGAAGUGACACACGGCGGUAAAUUCUGAAGAAUGGUGCCUGUUUUUGGAUAUUGGUCCGUUCGAGGGUUGGGCCAGGUCCCUCGCUACCUUCUGGCCCACGCUGGGGCCGAGUACACGGAGAAGCUCUACCACAUCGGGCCAGCGCCCGGCUACUCCAAGAGCGAGUGGUGGGACGUCAAGCAAGACUCGGGUCUCGAGUUCCCGAAUUUGCCGUACUACAUCGACGGCGACAUUAAAAUCACGGAAAGUUCAGCCAUAACGAAGCACCUCGCCCGCAAGUUCGGUCUGGUUGGGACGACAGAGGAGGAGAACAUCAUAGUCGACAUGGCAGAAGGAAUCUUGUCCGAUAUUUCGCGCGCCUUCAAACAACUUUGUUUCGACUCCGAUUUCGAAAGAAAGAAAGUUGCUUAUAUCGAUGAGAUUGACAUUCCACUGACGAAGUUGUCUAAGCUCGUUGGAAGCAGCAGCUACAUUGUCGACGAGAAGAUAACAUGGGUGGACUUUGAGUUGUUUGAGCUCCUGGAACGCAUCCUGGCGCUGGCGCCGGACUGCCUGGAAAUGUACGCUAAUUUGCAGGCUUUCCACAAGCGCGUGCGGGAGCUGCCUAACAUCAAGGCCUACAGGGCCUCGGAAGACUUCAUUAAAAUAAAGAAACUUUUUAAUGGUCCGGUGGCGAAAUUUGGCGGGGGGAAUUGAACGCUAAGAAAUGGCAUGAAAGAAUUUUUUGUGGCAACUGGGAUGAAAUUUUUCUUCGUGGCGG